AUGGCGAUAUUGAUGGAUGUGCAGGUCGAGAAGUCCGCGAUCGAUGGCGCCGGCCGCGGUCUGUUCGCGACCAGAGACUUCGCACCGGGCGACAUUAUCGUGCAACUCGAUCGGCCGUAUGUGGCAGAACUGGACAUUACGCGCCUGCGCGAUACCUGCGCCUGGUGUUUCCGCCGAGGAGCCACGACAAGCACGGAUCCGGAGGCGGCUGGCCGCAGCACGACAGAGACCUCGUCGGGCUUCUUUGCCGGCGUCGACGUCGUCACCAAGGCCUGCACCGGAUGCAAGCGAGUGCGAUACUGCUCCAAGACGUGUCAGUCCCGGGCGUGGAAGCGAGAGCACAAGUACGAGUGCAAAGUCCUCGCACCGGAAGGUAGACCGGAUCUGCCACAUGGAGUGAGAGCGGUGAUCAAGCUCCUGGGCAGGUUGAAGAACGAUCCCAAGAACGAGGAUGAGCUUCUCGUCGACAUCUUGCAAUUCUUGCCAGCUGGCGGUGGUGGCGCGGAGCUCGAGCAGAUCAAGAGAGACAAUCCACAGCGAGUGGAAGACUUCAGCAUGCUCGCGUAUGGUGCGUGGAAGUAUGCUGGCGAACCGAAACUGGGCGACAUGGACUCCGAGACCAUUGCCAAGGCCUUCUUCUUCAAUGUCAUGAGCAACACCAUGCAGUUGAGCAACCCGCUCGACGAUAUCUCUCUCGGCGUAGGCUUCGAUCCCAUCAUCUGCAGCGCCAACCACUCCUGCGAUCCCAACGCAGUCGCCAUCUUCAAUCAGCCCAAACAGCUCCUCCGCGCCAGCAAACCAAUCAAGAAGGGCGACGAGAUAUUCAUGAAAUAUGUCGACGUCUCGAACCCGUUCAGCGUACGACAAGCUCAGCUCCGUGAGUCGUACUUCUUCCGAUGCAGAUGCUCCAAGUGCGUGAAAGGAGCCGUCUUCGCAGAGGACAAGUUCUUGAAACCGCCCGAGGAGCUGAGGCCAGAGUACGUGAAGAUCGCAGACGGACUCAUCAGUCGCCACGAAAGACAACUCCCCAUGUUCUUCGUCCCCGCCAACGACGAAGCCGCACAGCGUCGAGUAGCGGCCAUCCAAGCAGAAGCCUUCUCAGUAUCCGGCAUCACAUUCGACUUCAACCAAGGCAACGAGAACGCAUCCGAGGAGGAGGUCCUUGACGCUCUCAGACUCUGUCUCAACAGUGGUCUAUGGUCGUACUCACGCCAACCCGUCCCCCAUCUCAUCCGCCAACUCCUCACUCUCCACCUCGCCCAAGGCCGCGUCUAUCAGGCCUGGCGUCUUGGCCUUCUCCGCCACUUCCUCAUCGCUCCUUCACUCUACUCCAGACCAUACAUCCCCGACCGAGUAAUCGACUGCUGGCUCAUGGCGACAGCAACCAACAGCCUCUGCAAUCCCACAAAUCCGAACCACAAGGAAAUCUUCGCCAGCUGUAUGAAAGCCGGUCUGGACCUUCGGGUCGUCUAUUUCGGCUUUCUGACCGAGACACGAGAGCAGAUUGACCAGAGUUAUGGUAAAGACUCUCCGUUUGGGAGAGUAGUAGAGAGCGUGUAUCAGCAGACGGUACAAAAUAUGGAUAUCGGGGUGGAGGAGAUCGAAGAACGCGUCAAGGAGAGUUGGCCCAAAUUGGAAGCUGUGGCGAAUAAUGUCGAUGUCUUGAAGCUGAGUUAG